AUAUGCAAUGCGAAAGUUGCCCUCUCACCUUGAAUUCAUGGUGUCACAGACAUAUAGAUAUUUUUCACACAGCACGCUUCGUCAACAAAAGUAUGCAGAACUCUAUUCUACAAUCAACGUGGGAGAACAACCACUGAAGUUGCUGAAGUUGUCAGGGACGCGAUGGCUGGCUAUUGCACCAUGUAUAACAAGGAUUCUGGAGCAGUAUGAUGAGCUGAAACUCCAUUUUGAGAUAUCCAAAGAUGAGGAGGAGAAGAACUACACUGCCGAUUUGUUGUACCAGAUGUACUCAGAUCCUGCCAACAAGUUGUACUUGGCUUUUCUGCAGCCUGUGGUGUCCCAGGUCAACCGGGUUAACAAAUUGUUUGAGUCAGACCGGUGCAAUGCCAACAGACUCCUGGAAGAUUUGAUGUCCCUCUACAAGUCCAUUCUCCAGCGACUCAUGAUGCCGCGAACUUUCUGCACGUGGAAAGCUGUGGCAGAUUAUGAUGUGAACGACGAACGGAACCAUCUGCCGCUGGAAGCUGUGGACUUCGGUGUGAAGUUCUACAUCGAACUGGGUCAGAGCAGGUUGGACAGCGGAAUUGUUCACACCGUUAAGAAGCACGGGCGUGACUUCCUGAUGAAGCUUCUUCAGGAGCUGCAGCAAAGGCUUCCAUCAAAUAUUAACCAUCUCCAGAGCUUGGAUGCCCUGACCCCAGAAACCGUUCUCGGAGUGAGGAAACCAAGACUGCAGGAGCUGUCUUUCUUACCAAAAUAUUCGGGGGAUAUUGGUAAGCUCGACGAGCAGUGGCAAAGACUUGCAACUGUCAGCUGGCCAAAAGAUGUGAUAAACGACUCCGAAAAGUUUUGGUUAACUGUUCACAGCCACCAGGACGCCUCAGGGGCGGGAUUUUAA